AUGUCCUCUCCUCAGCAAGUGAAAGCGAAACCAGCCACUCUCGCAUCAAUGUUUCAACUAUACGCCAAGUACCGGCCAGCACUCAACACCUUCCAGGGUGAUGGUAAGCGCAUUCUCCUGUCGCAGAGCGAUUGCUGGAUGCAACAGGCCGGGCUCAUAGGACCCAAGUACUUCACCCUCACGCAGACUGGGUUAACGUUCUUUGAGUUUAGGAAAUCUUCUAUCGCUUUUGCGGAAUAUAUGCAGUACCUGUCGAUGCUUUGCACGGAAAAUAGCAUCGUCGACCUGGAGGAAGUCAAGGCGAAGCUUACCAGCUGUGGUCCUCCUGGCAUCAGCACCUGA